AUGAAGCUCUACGCUUUAAUGAUUGUGAAGCCAUUUCCUGUAGGCGUGGAUAAAGAACCUGUGAUAUGCUCUGAGGCUAUUGAUGUCAGUUCAUUUGGUUUUUUCCAGCGCAACUCCGCCAGGGAGUUUUUAGUUUUUCUCUCACGUACAGUGGCAAAACGAGUUUCAAAUGGCUCUAAGACGCAAAUUACUGAGAAUGGUAAUGUUGUAUUUGCACAUUCUACACUGGAUGGACUUGUUGCUUUGGCCAUUGGGGAUAUUGAGUACAACGCUCGUGUAGCCUUCACUCUUCUUGGGGAACUUAUACAACAGUUUCAAACUACAUUCCGCGGAAAGUAUGAUAUCAUUGAGGGAAAAGAAGAUAAUUUUCUAAACUGGCCAUACCUUGAAGAGACCUUAAUAAAAUACCAAAAACCAGAAGAGCAAGACAAGAUUCUUAAAAUAAAAAGGGAUAUAGAGGACACCAAAGUAAUUAUGUAUAAUGCUAUUGAUCAAAUUAUUGAGCGUGGACAAAAGAUUGAUGACCUUGUCGCCAAAAGCGAGGAUCUUGGAAUGGCAAGUAAAACAUUCUACAAACAAGCGAAACAGACUAACUCCGGUUGCUGCUCAAUUAUGUAA